AGAGAGACAUUUCCAUACUUGAUAGUUUCCUUUGAAGGCAUAGGGUGUUCAGUUGGUUACGGUUCAGCCCACCGUCUACCUGCCUACUUGGUUCCUUUCUUAUUCCAGAAACCUACAACCACCUCUCAAUCAACAAGCACACUUCUUUUUUUGAAUGUAAUAAAUUCGUUUAUCUUUCACCAAAUUUCCUCUGCUUAUGGGAUGUUCUGGACCGAUGAAAAGCGCUUAGACAGUCAUUUGGGCGUAAUUGCAGACGUCAGAAUUAUUAUUCCCUCUGUCCCAUCCGCAAUGAAGGGAACCACGGAGCAAAAAAACAAAGAAAUGAAAGGGUCAUUUACAGGUAACACCAUGAAUGGACGAAGUCAGAUGAGGUACCUCUGUACUUUUGACAACGGACUAUGUAACCACCCUUCAUGCUUCCCCUGUACCUCGAUCCUCCCCCAUGGAUCGUUGCCACGCCUCUUCUGGGAUGAGCAUGAAGUCACGCAACGGUUCCAGCUACUUCGCUUGAAUUUUGAGAAAGAACCAGGGGACUUGUUGUCACUCCUUCUACGUGCUCACUGGCUAUCGAUGAGCUGGCUGCUCCCUGUCGUGGGAUUAAAAUCAAGUUUUCCCGGCGACACUGCAAUUAAUUCGAAGAUUCGAGACACGUCAAAUCCCUUGAUUGUCCGGCUGAUAUCCUGUUCCAUCAGCUUUUAUAUUUGUCACGGAGGGUCCAGAGUAAACGGAGUCCGCCGUCGAAUUUAUAGUUUACGAGUCCCAAGAGAUGACCAAAGUGAGGCGAUACAAGCAUUCCCUGCAGUAGGAGGGUCCUGAAAGUCGAUUUUACCGGUCUGGCCAAUGUCAUAGACUCCCCCGCUGUGAAAUCCUCUGGAGCAGCCCACGAGAUACUCAGCAUAUGUGCAGAAAGCCAAGACAGCGCAGGGCCCAAUGAUAAUUCGAUAGGCGGCGAAGAGGCGAUAUUCCAAUGAGAUAUGAUGUUCCCCUGUCUCUUAACAGUUGCCACUUAUUAAACAUAGCCAAUCAAGCGGGGUAAUAAUCUAGUCUAUUAUCGAGUUGUUGGUUCUCGGUGUUCAUAUUCGGCCAGUUCCAAAAGAUGGCCCAACCUUUCCAUAUCAAAAGCCUAGAAUCGGCCUACCCCGGUUUCCAUAGGCCUAUCUAUUCUUCAAAACGUUUCCGGGGAUGAAUAUCCACCGCGCUUUUAAAUUCCGGCCUGACGGGAUGUCCGU